CGCAGACACACUCAGCAGCCCGUCCAGCAUGCUCUCCGCCCGGCUGCAGAUCCUCGUGGCCUCCGCGUAACGCGCUCGUUUUUCCCGGAGUUUACAGCGUUUCUCCAGCUCUCGGUGGAAUCAUGGGGACCUUACAUGACACUGUUGGAUUUGUGCUCUUUUCCUGUUUGUCUAUUCAAGUUGGAUUUUCUCUUGAUGGAAAGUUUACCGAUUUCCCUUCAAACAUCACUGCGAGGGAAGGACAGAACAUCGAGAUGGCUUGUGCUUUUCAGAGUGGCUUGACUUCGGUGUAUUUGGAGAUCCAGUGGUGGUUUAUUCGCGCUCCAGAGGAACUGAUAACCAGCGAGGAGGAGGACGAAGACGAGGACCAGCCGGAGAUGGAGCUGAUCCCAGAUCCUGAUCCUGAUGAAGAAGGGACCAAAAUAAGUACAGUCAAAGUGCAAGGAAACGACAUCUCACACAAACUGCAGAUCGCGCGCGUGAGUAAAAACGACGAGGGUUUAUACGAGUGUCGGGUCACGGACGCAAACUAUGGAGAGCUGAAGGAAUAUAAAGCGCAGGCGUACCUAAAGGUGAACGGCAGUUUGUGGACGCGCAACAACAGAGCAAUGAAGAAGAGCUCGCCGCUACACCUGACCGACACAAAACCCCGAAAACACACACACAACCCUGAGCAGAGGAGUCCCAGCAGCUCUACCUCACAAAACACACACUCCAGAGCAGAGGAGCACAGCACAGCCUCAGGUUCGAGGAGAUCUUCACGUAAUGCUGCUGAUCUUCUUCUUUUCACGUCUUUCCUCCUGAGAGCCGCGUGGCUUUAGUUUCAGACUCUUUUCACACACAAUCUGUGUGUUUUUCAGAGAGUGAAUGAGCCAAACACACAUCACCAGAAGAAGAAGAGACUGAAGAUCGACACGUGCCUCACGCUCAACACUGCAAACACACACAUUAUAUACAGUAUAUAGAAAUACUUUUCUUUUUGUUAACCUUUUAUCUCCAGCUGUGACUUUAAUACACCGCUCUGAAAUUGGGAAGAAUCUAUAUUUGUGUAACAUAUGAACAGAUAUACAGUAUAUAUAUA